CAAGCAUGACACGGAUUCUCCCGGGGAAGCGGAGGAAAAUGUACAUCCCGACGGCAUGUAAGUACCCAGCGGCUCUGCCCGCUCUUCCCAGAUGUCUCCCGCGGGCAUGAGUCCACGCAGAAGUUAAGUCUGCAGUUCCAGAGAAGAAAACCUGCCGACCACCCUCCGCUCCCGACCCUCCAACUCUGCCAGUCCAGCCUGGUCCUUACAAGACAGCUCAACCCUGAGCUCCAGAUUGCUAACUGAUCCUGCAAGGACACUGCCCCCUGCCCUCUUCCCUGCCUCUGCUAUGGACACUUCUGCUUUUAGCCUCCCCACGCCAGCAGUGUUGGAGGAGGGGAAUGCCUCCAGUAGCUGGACAGGCUUCACUACCCCCAACAGCUCAUCCACCGUCAGCCCUGGUGUAGUUGUCAGCGGUGUCCUCAUCCCCGUGGUCUACCUCAUUGUCUGUGUGGUGGGGUUGGCUGGGAAUUCCCUGGUCAUUUAUGUGGUCCUGCGGCACUCCGUGAGCGAGUCAGUGACCAAUGUGUACAUCUUGAACCUGGCCCUGGCUGAUGAGCUCUUCAUGCUGGGCCUGCCCUUCCUGGCUGCUCAAAAUGCCCUGUCCUACUGGCCCUUUGGUUCUUUCAUGUGCCGCCUGGUGAUGGCCGUGGAUGCCAUCAACCAGUUCACCAGCAUCUUCUGCCUGACUGUGAUGAGCGUUGACCGCUACCUGGCUGUGGUCCAUCCAGGGAAGUCCUCCAAAUGGAGGACAGCACGGGUGGCCAAGGCCGUCAGUGUAACCGUGUGGGUGCUGUCUUCCAUAGUAGUGCUGCCCGUGGUUGUCUUCUCAGAUGUCCCUUUAGGGAUGAGUACAUGCCACAUCCAGUGGCCAGAGCCCGCCUCAGUGUGGAGAGCUGGCUUCAUCGUCUACACUGCCACCCUGGGCUUCUUUGGACCACUGCUGGUGAUUUGUCUCUGCUACCUCCUGAUUGUUGUGAAGGUUCGCUCCUCUGGCAGGCGGGUGAGGGCUCUGUCCUCCAAGCACAAGCUUUCCGAGCGCAGAGUGACCCGCAUGGUGGUGACCGUGGUGGCUGUCUUCGUCCUUUGCUGGCUUCCCUUCUACGUCCUCAACAUAAUCAAUGUUGUCUGCCCUCUGUCAGAGGAGCCAUCCCUCUUUGGAGUCUACUUCCUUGUGGUGGUGUUGCCGUAUGCCAACAGCUGUGCCAAUCCCAUCAUCUACGGCUUCCUCUCCUACCGCUUCAAGCAGGGCUUCCGCAGGGCCAUCUUCAGGCCAUCCCGCCGAGUCCAGAGCCAGGAGGUGCCAGCAUGCCCCCCAGAGAAGAUUGAUGACGAAAGGGAAGAGGGUGAGAUCAGCAAGAUCACACAGAAUGGAAAUGACAGGCAGGAGCACCCUCUAAGCAGUGGAGAAGGAAAAAGCAAUGAGCAAAAACCACUCCCUGAAGAGCCUGCGGGAUGUGAAAAGAGCAACAAGUUGCAUGUCAGUUAUUUAUGAUGAAAGAGGUGGUGCAGGGGAAAGAGACAUCGGGACAUGGGAUCCCCUUCACCUUCUCUGCUUUUAAAGGCAAUGGGAGACAUCGAUACAAGGGAAUAAUAAAGUCUGAGAGAAUGCUUAAAGAUGAAUAGGGCUCCAUGAUCUUGUGGAAAAAGCAAGGCAUUGUUCUUGGCUUUGGAAGAGACACCUGAGGUUUGUGUGGUAUCAGUGUUACCAGAAAUAGGUAAAAAAUAAAACCUCCUUAACACUAA